AACACUACUGGGUAGAGCUCCUUUUUGUAUUUGGUAAGUUAGUGUAUGAAGAGGAACUUAAUAUCAGAAGGCAUAAGGAUAAGCAAAUGCUUCCAUGGGAUCUCCUGUAAGUUGCAGGACACGAUUUGCAAAGCAGUUCUUGCAUGCAGAACCCUGGGCCGCAUCUGUGCAGGUCUCCUUGAGAAACGAAGCAGUGCAGUGAAAAGACUUCUGAUGUAAGAGACAAUGGGUAAGACCAGAGGUGGCUGGUGAAGGAUUCCCUCUCUGGGUUGUCAAAAGUAAGGAAUAUAUAUAAUUUUCUCAAAUAAAAUACAACUAGAUUGUUUUGAAUGCAUACUUUGGCUACUUGAAACUCUUUGACACGUCAGGCCAAGUUGUUAUGACAAAGAUCAAAAUUUCAAAAUGUAGUUACUUAUGGAAACGCAGUAACAGUCCUCACCACGCUCACGAUAAAAGUAGCAAGGUGUGGGCAUCACACAUGCCACUGCUAUGGUGCAUAAAUUAUUUUUCCCCAAAGACUGCAAAAGUCAUCAUCACAGUUUAACAGCAUAUGCUUUUUAAAAUGUUUUCUAGCUAGAACAACAUACUCAGUAAUUUUUGCUUCAUUCUCCUGUGUUUAGCAGUAACCUGUUCCCUCAUGGACGAAACAAAUAUGCACUGAGAUGUGAUAGUUCAGAUAAUCAAUGCUGGUGCUGCAUCAAAAUUGUGUUUGUUCAGUCUGCUACCUCCCUAGGCAGGCGAAGUUUGUGCUGGUGUUUGGGUUGUAUUUGAGCACACAUCUGAUCAUUCAGAAGGGGUUUAUGACCAAGGGAAUAAUGCGGUGGGACUCUCCAGGACAAAGGAGUGUACAAGCAUGCAAGAGUUGCUUGCAGAGCUGUUAGUUGCCCUUCCAAGAAAGGCCUCCAAGCAGCUACGGAGGUGACAGCUUUUUGAUGUCAUAGUCUCAUCUCACAUAAGGGUACGACCUCAUUGUGACUGAUGCGAGUUGUCAGGUCCAACAUCUCGAACGAUCAAAAUGCAAGCGAUUGUAAAAUUAACUUAGAACAAGCCAAAGAAAGUCGACGCAGAGCAGGCAAGAGUGCCAGAAGCUGUCCCUGGUGCAAUUACUGGCAUUUUUCAGAUUGCUUGUUUACAUUUCUGCUUCAGAGUGGGACGAUCAGAUCACUAUGGACAUUGUCUCUAAGAUCUACACUCAUGAAAUGGUUGUGUCUUUAUCGCAGCCCUUGUGUUUCUUCUCAAGUUAUCAAAAGGAGAAAGAAAAGCCAACCUAGGAGAUAAAUGAAUAGGUGAGAGCGUUUUACGUGAACUCUUGAAAACUUGUAUCACCCAUUAAGGAUUCAAUAUAUUGGCUGAGCAAAAUAUCAAGUGUUCCUUCAUUAUCUUUUCAACCGUGCCAUUACAGAGAAUGAGCCAGAUUGGCUUAUACAAAACAGGCUAUUCACCCUACUUCACGUGACCAUGGCAGUACAGAGUCUCCAUUAAAUACAAUUUAUCUGACUAGUUGUGCUGAGUCAAGAGCAGCCUUGUAUAUUCUCAGCAGUGUGAAAAGCCAAAGCUGAGGAGAACUUCCUGCACCGUGUCUUUAAGCUCUGUAAUUUUGCAGGCUUCUCAACUGCAUGCUCAGGAGGUCUAAGUUCACUGCUCGUGACAUGAAAAUACACAGACUGAAUUAAAGCAGAGCUUAUACCAUUUUCCUGCUAAAAGAGGCUAAUAUAAACUAAACCUGAUAAGACUACAAUGAUGAUUGCACUGAAUAUGACCUAUUGUGCUUAGUUGCUGUUCUGGUUACUGAGUCAUCUGGAAAAAAUUGUAGCAGUUACAUUCUUUUUCUUGGUGUUGGAGUGGAAGAAAUUUGAAAAAUUCUGUUGUAGUUUAAUUUUAUUCUUAUUUUUCAUGAGAAAUUAAAAUUGUCAGAAAACAAAACAUACAGAGUAGUAAUAAUAAAAUCAGUUUCUCAUUACAGCACAUCACCAGGGCCUCAAUUUUUUUUGUUUUUGAAAUGUAUUUGUAGUCCUAAUCAUCUUAUAGUAAAUAUUUACGUGGGAAUUAUAUAGCUUGUUAAUCAAAAUUAACGUGUAUGUCAGAGAUGAUGUCAUGGGAAAAGAGAAAAAGCUUCUAUUUAGAUAUCCUAAAUCCUUGAUGAUGCUUUUGUUUUUCUCCUGUUUAUUUAUUCUGUAUUGAGAAGGGAUUUAUAUUAGAAAAGGAAUGUUUGUUGAGCAAAGUACAGUUUAAAUUCUCAGACUUACAUGUGUUUGAAUUGUUAUUUUUAACCUUUUAUUUUGUGGGAUUAUGCCAAAUCAGUGAAAUAUGUGAUUAGCUUUGGGAUCAUUUGAAUCAUUUUUGCCUCUAUUAUUUAGGGGAUUUUCACUAGUGUGAUGAAAUUGCUGUUGAGAAAAAGUAUAUGUGCAUAUAUAUCAGUACAUCUAUCUUGUUAGAUUUGUAUUCCAGUGUUAUAAAUGGUUUUCCCUUUUCAUCUCCCCAUACAGCUGGAUGUAUGCUUUGUGCUGCUACAUUAGGGCAGCACUGACAGAUUGAAUUAGUAGCCCUCUUCUCAUUCAGAUCUCAGUGUUGCUAUCACUGAGGUUAACAAACUUAAAAAAUAAAAAUAAAAAGCAGAUGUGGCGUCGUAGAGACUUUUCUGUAGGCAGGGUAACUUCUCCAAAGCUUGUGUUUACCUAAACAAUGCCUCCCCUUAAGGCUUACUGAGAUCUCAGAUUUUGAGUAACCCCCUGUAUUUACUGCCUUCCAGAUUCCAGUCUGUAAGCUUCAGUAGUUUAUGUUUUGUCUUGUCAUCAAGAGUUUACAAACUAUUAGCAGAGUUUACAAAUUAUGCUGCUUUCUGACAGAGCUCAUCAUGAUAAUGAAAUAAAGGGGGUCAAAGCAUCCAAGUUGGUUCUCUCGGCAAAAAGAAAAGGAGGGCUCCCUUUGGGUGUUUCUCAAGUGAGUUUCCGUAUCAGUGCGUUCCCAGUACGCCGAAGUAAAGCUUAAUGUGUAUGACAGGCAAGUUCUACUUGCUCUGAAGCAUAUCGUUCUGUAUCAUACCCUUCUGCAUCAUAUCCUUCUGCAUAGGGUUAAAUCCUGAGCAUCGUUAUUAGAUAACAGGAAAAGGAAGAAAAAAAAGAAGUCACGCUUUCUCGCAUGAUUUACCCUCUUCGGUGCGCGCUGCCACGAAUAAGGCAGGGUUCUGAUUCAGUGCACCCAUUGUUAAGGAGAUGAGGUUUGAGGGAAGAAGAGUGGAGUUUGUCACAGAUGUUUCUGUAGAUGUUUAUCACAGACGUUUUUCAGCCCUGAAAUGACCCAGGCUACUCAGCUAUGAAAGCCCGGACCCAAUUGUUCUUGGUGUCACUGAACAUCAUGAUUAUGUUUUUCCACCGAACCACCUUUCCUAACGGUGCUAGGUCUCGCACCUCAUUUUAAGAGCGAAAGCAACAUAGAGAAAUGAUUUUUCUAGCUGCUGGACUGCUGGGAAUGGCUAAGACCUUCCUCUGCAGUCAGAAUCAGAAGAUGAUCCCUUUCAUUAGUUUCUUCUCCUACAUGAAUGCUAUCUUCGGUGCAGUGCCACUUUGUAGGAGGCUGUCCUUUUAUGGUUAGAAUCUAACAGACCACACAGAGAUCUUGAAUUCUGCUUUCAGCUUUGCAGCCGUAGCUUUUCUACUUUUUAAGAUACUGUUUUAGUCCCGUGGGCUUUGUUUCCACUGUUUCUACUCCGGAGCUACUAUUUUAUGGAUGUUUAACAUGUGCUAUGCGCUUCACUCCUUAUUGCUGAAAGCAGGGUGCCCCCAGGAGCACAUCAGUAGCAUCACACAGUUAUCGUGGUAACGCCUAUGGCUAGAAGAGUGCUUUUGUGCAAGGAAGAAACUGUUAUAUGUGCACCUCAUAGGUAAGUGAGGAAGUAGCAGAAAGAAGAAAAAACGGUGUGAGAAAUUUUAGGAGCCAGCAACUGCAGAGAAAAAGCUGCUAUCGUCAUUUCCAAGCGGCCCCUUCAAUAUAUUUAGAUGGGCAGCAUUUGUCAUCUUGAAGGUUAUUUACCUGCCUUGCUAAAUAAGAGUUGCCAUCAGGCUAAUGAUUCAGCAUCUGCUCAUCAAUGAUGCUGAUGAGAGCGGAGUGGAUUUGCCGUAGGCUGCUCUGUUACUUCAUUUAGCCAGUGGUUGGUUGAAUUGGUUUCAAAAAAUACAUAGGCUGUUAGCGGUGUUUGGUUGUUUGCUCUUUUUUCUUCCUUCAGGCAUUGGUGUUAAAGGACAGCAAAAUAGUUGUCGAGACUACCUAAUUUAUUUGUACUUGCAGAGGUAUUGCUAUUGCUGCUGUGUCGUUCCUCUGAUCUCCUGCCUUUCCCAUGACGGUUUCCCGGUGUUUACAUUAUGGAUGUGAAGGCGGGCACCCAGCCACACUCUGUGACCAAGUCAGAGAUCCCAGACCAUGUUCUUUACACGAUAGGGACGUGUGUUCUUGUGAUCGGCUCCAUCGGCAUCAUAGGAAACCUCCUAGUUCUCUAUGCUUUCUACAGCAACAAGAAGUUGAGGACACCCCAGAACUUCUUUAUAAUGAACUUGGCUGUGAGCGACUUCUUGAUGUCAGCUUCUCAGGCCCCCAUAUGCUUUAUCAACAGCUUGCACAGAGAGUGGAUCCUCGGAGAUAUAGGUUGUGACUUGUACGCUUUCUGUGGGGCGCUCUUUGGAAUAACCUCGAUGAUGACUCUGCUAGCUAUUUCUGUUGACCGCUACUUGGUGAUCACCAAGCCCCUGCGCUCCAUCCAGUGGUCCUCCAAGAAGCGCACCAUGCAGAUCAUUGCCGCUGUGUGGCUGUACUCGCUGGGGUGGAGCGUGGCCCCACUCCUUGGGUGGAGUUCCUACGUGCCUGAGGGCUUGAUGAUAUCCUGUACAUGGGACUAUGUAACCUACUCCCCUGCAAACAGAAGUUACACCAUGAUUUUAUGCUGCUGUGUAUUUUUUAUUCCACUGAUAAUAAUAUUCCAUUGCUAUUUAUUUAUGUUCUUGGCCAUAAGAAGUACUGGCAGAGAUGUCCAAAAGCUUGGGUCCUGCAGCCGCAAAUCCUUCCUCUCUCAGUCCAUGAAGAAUGAAUGGAAACUGGCAAAAAUUGCAUUUGUGGUCAUCAUUGUGUAUGUCUUAUCCUGGUCUCCAUAUGCUUGCGUCACUUUGAUUGCCUGGGCAGGCCGAGGAAACACUCUGACGCCGUAUUCCAAAUCUGUGCCAGCCGUUAUUGCUAAAGCCUCUGCAAUCUACAACCCCAUCAUAUACGCAAUAAUUCACCCGAGAUACAGGAAAACCAUCCACAAUGCUGUUCCCUGCCUGAGGUUCCUAAUACGAGUAUCAAAGAAUGAUCUCCUGAGGGGGUCCAUAAAUGAAUCAUCAUUCAGGACCUCUCUCUCCAGCCACCAGUCUGUUUCAGGAAGGACCAAGAAUGCUUGUGUUUCAUCAGUUUCCACUGGAGAAGCUAAUUGGAGCGACGUAGAGCUUGACCCGGUAGAGCCAGCUCAUGCGAAACUGCAGCCUCGCCGAAGUCAUUCCUUCUCAGCAAGCCUAAGACAGGAGAAGAGAGACCUGCUUCCAGAGACCUAUAGCUGCAGUGAAGAAAACGAAGGAAAGGUUUCGCUGUCAUCCAGCUGCCUGGAGAAGGUUCUGGGGCCGUCAGCCUUCCUCAGCUCCCCCGUAGCACUUGUGACCAGCUCCCUCCGAGCAGCCUCUCUGCCUGUCGGUUUGAACAGCAGCAGCAUCAGCCGAGAAGCAGGCUCAGACACCUCGCAGAUGGAAACUCAAGAAAGUCAUAAUAAUGGAGGCUUGGACUCUAUUGUUUGCAAUACAGUCCCUCGAAUCAUUAUCAUUCCUACCUCAGAGACAAACCUAUUUCAAGAGGAACCUGAAGAGGAAGAGACUGAAUUAUUCCACUUCCGUGACAAAAAGAACAAUCUGCUGGAUUUGGAAGGGCUUAGUUCAUCUACAGAGUUCCUCGAAGCUGUUGAGAAAUUUCUAUCAUAAGUUGAUCGAAGGGAAACUUUCUGGCAGUUAUUUUCUUGGCAUCUUGUCUUCUUAGUUACACCAAAUAACCGAACCCUUGUACGUUAGGUCAUCAGGCUUUUUGUAUGUUUAUAUGGUAGCCACUAGGCAGCUUUCGUAUUUGUCUUUGUCUAGAUUAGUUCAGGCACAGAAAAAAGCUUUCUUUCAGAUCCAGCAUUGGAGGAUCUGGCAGCAGGAUCAAGUGGGAUUAGUGGAGUUGGCUGCCUGCUUCAUGAGGCCCUGAACCUUGAUCUGCAACCACGGAUACCAGCAGGAGGAAAAACAACUGAACUGAAAUAGGAGUAGCCGCUGAAUUUUUGUGCUACCUGCAUGUGGCAGCUGUCUUCUGGAGGUGUCAGUAAGCACUACGAGACCUCAGCUUUCCACCAGCCCCAGAGGUAAUAUGGCUAGAAGAUCAAACUAUCUUUUAUUCAAAUUUCUUAUAUGAACAUAAUUACGUGGACUGAUCACGUAGCUGGGAGGAGAUCGCUCACUUAUAAACUUCAAUGAUAAAAUUUUGGAUUUUCCCUCAGCGGUAGCGUAAUCACCUGAAUGUCAAAAUGCAAGGUGCUAGAUGCCAAAACAUACAAUUUCACCUCUGGCAGCACUUAGAGCACGUUGAGAUUUUCAUUGCGGAUUAAAAUGUGUAUGAACCCUAACGAAUCUGUGAUUAAGAGGAUGAAUACCCACAGCUGGCUUGAUAAUUUAUUCACGAGAAUAAAGCCUUAGCCGCUAUGUGUUGCUUGUUUCUUCAGCAGAGAUUCUUCUAAAACCUCACAGAUGGAUGUCUUCUGCAGGUCCCAUUCCAAAAGCCUUCCUUGGGUAAGACAUCACCCUGGAAGAUAGCUUCAGAAAACUGUAUCGUUUGUUACAAGACCUGCAGUUGCACUUUUAAUGGUGGUUAUUGUUUGUUUUGUGUUUUAUGUAUUUUGUGUAAUUUUUAUGUUACAGCUCAGACUGCAAGAUCCUCCUCACAUUUUAUACCUAAAUACAUUCUUUCUGUAGUUAUUCAUUUUCCCUUAUUAAAAGAUGUUCUCCUCUCCCUCCUUUUUGGUUUCUGAACUUCAAAUGUAGACAAAUUGAGCUACACUGUUCUUUACAAAGCAGGAUAUUUUGGGAGAAAGCAGAAGUUCCUCGGGCACAGGUUUUCCUCCAGAACCAAGCAUCAGGACAGAAUCACCCGCAAUCGGCUCACUGUUCUCAAGACAAUUCCUACACUGAGGACCAGCUCAGCUAGCAGGUGGCACGGCACGGUGACCGGCGUGAGAUUUGCCCACCUGCACUUUCUGAAGCCGGCCUGCUAUCCGAGCGUGCGGUUUGAAACAGAGAGUAACCGAAUGUUCAUUAAAGACUCCGUUCCUGAAAAACAGGGGGGCUUCAUCCUCGGUCGAAUGUAGAGUUCUGCCAUCUCUGAUUAUUUUCUGCUGCUUCUGUCCUCUCUGGUUUGUUAUCAUCUGUUUUUCCUAUGUAACUACAUAGCCAGUGACCUAACUUAAUGUAUUUAAUAUCUUCAGCGGUGACUCCCUUCUUAGUGAGCCAGAUGCUAGAAGGCAAACAUACUUGCUGGCCUUCCAAGUCUUACACCUGACUUUUGCUGUUGUCAUUAACUCUAAAUAACAGUAACCAAGGCAUUUAGUGUUCCAAGAUACAAAAACAGGCCUCUGAGAAGAUUUUGCACUCUAGCGUUCAUAUAAUUGUACUGGUAAGACUGUAAGGGGAACACUGCUGUGAUUUCCAACGGGAUGAAUAAUGUAAGCUCUAAAGUGACAGUGAACAAACUCCUCUGUAACCAGGGUUUUGCUUGGAGUGCCAGAUGACAUGCCAGCGAUCUCUUGCACGUGUGCUGAUGCCAACCGUGUGUUUCAGAAAACGAACGGGUUUGAGAUGUGUGCAUUUCACUUCUGUACCUCUAAUGUCAUGUACAAUUUUUACUAUUGCUUCUGCAGCUAGUCAAUAUUACUGUGUUCUUUAACUGCUGUAGACCAGAAUGUCACAUGAGACAGCAGUAGAGUGAUAAAACUGAAAAUUAUAUGCAAUAUCAGACAUAUUUCUUUCAGAAACGUCGCAGAAUAAAUCAAUCUUCAAAUAGCGAAAGCAACACCAAAGAAUCUCGCGUGCUUCUCUGUUGCCACGUUAGACUAGAUGGCACAUAAUAAUGUUCAGUAUUAACUGCUGCUUCUCGUUUCACAAAGGCGUGU